CAUGGCGUACUCUGUCAAACUUUCAAUUGAAGCGGUGAUCCAAACUGAAUUCGCUUUCAAAGGAAAAUGAAAACCCUGAUAACAUUUUUAGUGCUCACCGCAUUCUGGAUCAUUGUCGCUUUAGUUGGUUGCUUGGUUGCAAAACGUUUCAAGGAGCGAGGUGUCAUCAGAUGUUGUGUUAUUCUUACCGCCGUCUGCUGCUGGCUACUCUGGGUAUCCACGUUCCUUAUGCAGUUGAAUCCGCUCAUUGGACCACGGGUUGAUCAAAGGGUCAUUUUCGGAAUGAUGUCUUACUGGGAAAAUUCCUAUGUGAUAAAUGACGACGAAGAUAAGUAACUCCAUGGACCGAAAACGUCGUCAUUAUUCUCCAUCGCUGAGAUCUAUUUAAAAUGGAAUACAAUGCUUUGUUGAAAUAAUUUUAGCUCUACUUGACUUUGACAUAUUGUUCAAUUGUCUAUAUGGUCUCUAUACUUUUAAAAUCUCCAGUAAAAAUUAAAAUAUAAUAUAGGAAAUGUGGAAUAUAAAGGCUUCAGAUAAUUAUGGCAUGGUUUCUAGUCUCCGACGGAAGAACCCGAGUGAAAUAUGAAUACUUCCUGCUAAUUGCAACUUGUUACAAUAGUAUUCCGCUCUGGAUCUGGCUAAUAAACAAUAAAAGAGAUAACUUUCAUUCCUAAGCAAUAUAUUAACGAAUAAUGUUUAUCGGAAGAACAGCUUGAGAAAUACAUUAACCUGUUCGUUAAAUGUCGAUUACUAAUGAAUGUAAAUGCAUGGUUAAUUGUACGUUUUUAUUUUAUACACUAUAUUAUCAAUGCCAAACAUUAAAUUGAAUUUAUUGCAAA